AUGGAAAGGUUUCAGAGAUUGGAGAUCUGUUGGACACAGCUUUUGAAGGAACGAUGUGGUGCUUGGACCUUUGAUCCGGUGCUGAAGCAUAUGGGAAACAUCAAAGACACCACAAUUGGAUCUGACCCAAUUGUGAGACUCUAUAUGGGUCUGUCCCUUGUACAAGACUGGCAUCGAGUAGCCUGCAAAAGGGACCAUUGUAGCAUUCAGCUUGGAAUGGAGAUCUGUGAAAGGCGUUGUUGCCAAGGUGGCAUCGCUAGAGUAGGGCUUGACCCAUUUGGGCAAUUGCAAUAG